AUGCUAUCAUCAAGAACUCUCCGUACGAGAGCAAUUAAAGCGUGGACUUCAAGAGCUGAGUCCUCCGGAUGGGCUCUUCCUCUUAAUUUGGCACGUUGCCUUAAAUUUGCUUUGUUUUUGCCCGUGAUUCCUCGUCUCUUCGUCAUCGUGUUUCGUUACGCUCAACCCUUAGUGAUGGACGCCCUUAUCCGCUUCGUGAAUGAUACGGCUACUGACACAGCUCGUGGCAUCUGGCUUAUCUCGUCUGCCGCGAUUACGUACAUAGGAAUGGCGGCCUCUGCGGCAAUAUAUCAACGUUAUAUCGAUCGACUGCGAAUCAUGGUUAGGGGUGCCUUGAUCGGCUUGGUACACGAUAAAGCGAUGAAACUCCCCGGUAAAGAGGCUAAAUCAGAGGCUGUGACCCUAAUGAGCUCCGAUAUUGACAGUGUUGAGUCAGUGGGGGAAAUUCUUCAUGACACAUGGGCCUAUAUCUUGGAGGUGGUCAUCGGCACAAUGCUACUGGCUGCCCGGCUUCAAUGUGUGUUCGCGGAUGAGUGCAUACGUUGCCAAGCACCUUGA